AUGAAUAAAAGAAAGAAAGAAAGAAAGAAAGAAAGUCCUGUUCUUGUUCCUGUGGCGAUCAAUGGGAAGCGAGCGAAUGGACUAAUCCUGGUUGCUCACUUGCUCAGGGCACCUGUUUUCUACGUCGGUACUCUUAUGGCUGCUCCUUGGCAGACCACCUCUAUCAAGAUCGCUUACUUUGUCAGUCAAAAAUGGUCCUUUACCUCUAUGCAGCAGUUGAAUGGCCGAUGCAAGGCAAGUGUCACAAAAAUAAAAAGGAGAAAAACAGGGCGACAAUUUAUAGUACCUUUCAUGGACAUCUUUUCAUUCUCUGAUUCAUUAUACGCUUAG